GUUGGCCCUAAACGCACCUCCGGUCUGCGUCAACACAACCGCUCCAGUCUGUCCAUUUGUUUGUUUGACGGUUGGUUUUGCACGUUACCGGGAGUAAGAAGAUCCACCGGCCCGGCUGCUGUCCAAAGAGAGGUCCGGUUAAAGACAGUCGUUACCUGUUGGAGGUCGGUGUGUUUGAGUCACUCGUUCAUCUGUAGACCGUCCUGUUUUUCUGAUGACUGACUGAAAGCCUCCAUCGAUCCUCCCAGCGUCUCCGUCCACAGCUGCACUAUGAGUGUAUGAUGUCUGAGAGCAGCUGCCAUGGCCUGCAGCAGCGGACAGAGCAAUGCCGAAACUCUGGAGGGGUUCCAUGAGGUGAACUUGGCCUCACCCACCACACCUGACCUUCAGAACCAAGCUGAGCAGCGCCCCCCCGCCCGACAGAGUGCCCCGCCCACCUCUCUGUACCGCACCCACUCUCUGGGAGCGCACCCUAGUGGCCGCCCCACCUCACUGCGGGCCGACCAGCUCCCCACGCAGCCAGUGUACUCCACGCCACGGCACAGCCACAAUGGAAGUGUGCCAGGCCAGGAGGCGGAGUCAACCGAGGGCAACUUCCUGUCCGCAGAGGACGCCGAGGAGUGCAGCGCUUUGAGCGACAGCCUUUCGCGGCUGCGCAGCCCGUCGGUGAUGGAGGUCCGAGAGAAAGGAAGCGAGAAGCUGAAGGAGGAGCUGGCCAAGGCCCAGAGGGAGCUGCUGUUAAAGGAUGAGGAGUGUGAGAGGUUGUCUAAAGUCAGAGACCAGCUCGGCCAGGAGCUGGAGGAGCUCACCGCCAGUCUCUUCCAGGAGGCCCACAAAAUGGUCAGAGAAGCCAACGUCAAACAGGCGAAUGCUGAAAAACAACUGAAGGAAGCCCUGGGAAAGAUUGACGUCCUCCAGGCGGAGGUCCAGGCCCUGAAGACACUGGUGCUCUCCUCCCCCACCUCCCCGCUGGGUGACCUGCCCUCUGCAGGAGCCGGGGGGAAGACUCCCUUCAGGAAGGGCCACAGCAGGAACAAGAGCACCUCCUCGGCCAUCAUGGGGACGCAGCCCGACCCGUCGGCCACGCAGCCCAUCGUACGGGAGUGUAGAGAGGUGGACAGUCAGCUGUUCAGCGACUUCAAGGCGUGGAAGGAGGAGCCGACGCUCGACCGGGGCUGCUGCUUCCUGGAGAGAGUUUACCGUGAGGACAUCUACCCCUGCCUCACCUUCAGCAAGAGCGAGGCUCAUUGUCCUCUCCUGCUCUCUCCUCAGCUCGGUUCGGCCAUCUUGGAAGCUGUGGAGCAGAACACGCUCAGUGUGGAGCCGGUCGGUUUCCAGCCGCUGCCCGUGGUCAAAGCCUCGGCGGUGGAGUGUGGAGGACCAAAUGGGCGAAGGGCUGAGCUUGUCACAAAAUGUGCCCUGAGUGGUCAGACCAAAACCUGUAAGCACAGAAUCAAGUUUGGAGAUUCGUCCAACUAUUACUACGUGUCUCCGUACUGUAGAUAUAGAAUCACAGCAGUGUGUAAUUUCUUCACCUACAUUCGCUACAUCCACCAAGGGCUGGUCAAACAGCAGGAUGCGGAGCAGAUAUUCUGGGAGGUGAUGCAGCUACGGAGGGAAAUGUCCUUCGCCAAGCUUGGCUACUACAAAGACCAGCUGUGACCGAUGGACAGCCCCGCCCUCCAAUCACAGCCAACUGCGCCCCGAAUCCCCGCCCCUUUCCUGGUCCUGGUUUUCCCUCAUCCUGUCAUUCCCCUCCCUCCCUUUGUGUGAGUGUGUUUUUGUGUGUGAAAGAGAAUAACUGUGGUUGUUUUCAAUCACCACAAAAA